AUGGAGACUGGAAAGGGACUGCCAGCGACAGGGCUAGCUACACGUCAUUCCCUGGUGCACUACCUGCAGGAACGCAGGGUGUGUGCCAAGGGACACAGGGCACUACGGAGUUUUAAAAGCCAGCUGAGCAGCCUUGCAGCACGGAGCCUGCCCCACAUGCUGAGGGAGCACCAACUGGACCUGGGCACCCUGGACAAAGUGUUUGCCUCGCAAUGGCUGAAUAGCAGGGAGGUGGUGUGUGGCACCAAGUGCAACAAGCUCUUCAGGCUGGAUGUGUACUCGGGCCAGAUCACACACUGCAACAUGAUGGUGGACAGAGAGCCAGCUGCAGCUGGGAACCUUUCUGGCUCUGGUAUCCAAGCCAUUGAGCUGAAUCCCUCCAAGACACUUCUGGCCACAGGGGGCAAGAACCCCAGUAGCCUGGCCGUGUACCAGCUGCCGACCAUGGACCCUGUGUGCCUGGGUGACAUCGAAGGCCACAAGGGUAGGAUCUGUGCUAUCGCCUGGGUGAGUGACAAUGUGGUGGUGAGCGGCUCCUAUGAUGGCACCCUGGCUUUGUGGAGGUUGGACCCUGAUCUUUUCUAUGAUACCAUUGCUUGGAACAAUAACAGGGGCAUCCAUCUAAAUGGCCACAUCCGUCCAGCAGAUGUGGUGGAUAUCUCCACAUUCAGCCCCCUUCUUCCCAGUCACUCCCCAGUCUGUGCACUUGCCUUCAGCAGCAGGAACCAGGAGCUGGGAUCAUUUUCCCUGAAUGGCUACUUCCACCUCUGGAAACCUCAGAGCAACCUGUCCAUACUAAUCUCCUUCAGAUUGCCCUACAUUGGAGGGAAUGCAUGCAUGACAUAUUGUGAUGAGUUCUCCCUGUAUGCUGUGGGUUCCAGGACCUAUAUCUCUUUCCUGGAUCCACGCUAUCCCCAGCACAACUUACGGCUGCUGAACUGCAGAAGAGUUGGCGACAGUGUGUGCUCAAUGAGCUGUAACCAGGACAUUAUCACGUUGGGAACAGUGCAUGGCUCCCUGUUCUUCUAUGACAUCCGUGCCCAGAAGUUCCUAGAGUACAGCAAUGUGGUCAGCCAGGACUCUUCUACAGGGACUAAGAGGAGAAUACUCAAGCUCACCUGUAGCAGGGGCUGGAUCAGCCAAGAUACCCAUCGGGCAUACCAGAAUGUAGGUUUCACUCAACUGCCAAUUUCCUUGUACACCCACUGCUACAACUGGCCAGAUAUGAAGCUCUUUGUGGCUGGGGGGCCUCCCUUUUCUAAUCUCCAUGGAAACUAUGCUGGCCUGUGGAGCUGA